CACCGCUAGUGCACGACAUAGGGAAGGCGUUACCUGAAAAAGUGGCCCCUCUUAGGUUUUUCUCUGGUUCUAAAUAUAUCAAAUAAGAAAUAUAAAGAAAAAUGUCAGAAUAACUAAAAAGAUUUAUGAAACGUAAGCAGAAGUGGAUAAUUUCUCUUCCACAUAUUAAUCAUGUAUGAUGUCACCGAGGCAAUUGUAGCACAAGCUACAGAUCCAAAAAUUGCUUUCAUAGCUGCAACUGUUUUUGGUUAUUGUUUGUACAGAAUUAUGAGGAUGACAAAAGGAAGAAGUCAUCAAUUUUCUGAAGACUCUGAUGAAAUGGAUAAUAAUAUGAUAUAUACAGACAAGUACGAUAAUUACAAGUUGAUUCUAGUAAUCAGAACAGAUUUGAAAAUGGGCAAGGGAAAAGUGGCAGCGCAAUGUUCUCAUGCUGCUGUUGCGGCAUACAAGGCUGCCAGAAAGCAUCCAAAAAUUUUGAAAGCCUGGGAAGAGUCUGGUCAAGCUAAGAUUACCCUUAAGGUGGAUAGUGAAGCCGCCCUUGUAGAAAUAGCGAAGCAAGCUAAAGCUGUAGGUCUAUUAUCAAACAUUGUACACGAUGCAGGACAUACGCAGAUACCAGCAGGAAGUAAAACUGUUUGCGGGGUCGGACCUGGUCCAGCAAAAUUGAUAGAUCAAGUAACUGGACAUUUAAAGUUGUUUUAAAUACUUAUCAAAUAAAAAUCGUAAU